AUGGCUCGCCGGCUCGUUCGAACGGGCAUUCAGCUCGGCUUGUUAGCUACAUUUACAGUUCUCAUAGUCCUCUUUCUCGACAGCAAAUUCCGCGUCUUACCUGCGUCCAUUCAUGGCCACCUUCCCAUGCACUAUUCUGGUUAUGUGAUCACCGAUGUCACAAUUACACAAUGCUCGACCCUCAAUCCCUUUUCAAGUUGCAAGCUUGACCCGGCAGCCUGGUACCGCAUCGAAAAAGACCUCUAUCUGCGCAAUGGCUGGACCUCGACUGCGUAUGUUCAGUUUCAACGAAAGAAAGAGGAGGAAUUGGGCCCGGAUGACAAGGUCGUCAUUGACUUGAAGAUCAGCCGGCUGACGCCUCCUGCUGAGCCUUCAUCUAAGGGGGAGGUUGUGGAGACCUGGGAAGCUCGUCCCGGUGGAAUUUGGCUGAGGCGAUCAGCUUCGCGCCAUGCCAGCGAUUCUGGCAAGGCAGUCACUUAUAUUGAUGUUCUUUUUGGCGCAGAUGCUGUCGACCCACGUUUGAACUGGGAGGUCAAAGACACACCACUGUUGCUGGAUGGAUGGACGGAGAAGCUGGAGACCCGGUUGAGCAUUCGGCGUGGAAAUCCCGUGAAAUUGAAGAAGCCUGUGCCUCGCAUCAACGAGAAUGGCCGAUUUAAGGUGAUGCAGCUUGCGGACCUGCAUCUCAGCACAGGACUUGGUGAUUGUCGGGACCCUGUGCCCGCUGAGUUGAUCCCGGGCCAGAAAUGCGAGGCUGAUCCUCGGACCUUGGAAUUUGUGGAGCGGCUUUUGGACGAAGAGAAGCCAGACUUCGUGGUCCUGAGUGGAGACCAAGUCAAUGGAGAGACUGCACCAGAUGCUCAAAGCGCUGUCUUCAAGGGGGUGAAGCUUCUCGUGGAUCGCAAGAUCCCUUAUGCCGUGAUCUUUGGAAACCACGACGACGAAGGCGAUAUGACCCGCGCUCAGCUCAUGUCUAUCUAUGAAGACUUACCGUACUCCCUUUCUGCUGCUGGCCCAGAAGAUAUCGAUGGAGUCGGUAAUUAUAUCGUCGAAGUUCUCGACCGCGGCAAUGGCGCGCACUCCGCCCUGACCCUCUACCUUCUCGACACGCAUUCGUAUUCUCCCGAUGAGCGUCAGUUCCGCGGUUACGACUGGGUCAAGCCAAGCCAGAUUCGGUGGUUCAAAAAUACUGCGCAGAGCUUGAAGAAAAAGCACAAAGAAUAUACCCAUAUUCACAUGAAUAUGGCAUUCAUCCACAUCCCACUUCCUGAGUACCGAAACGACAAGAAUCACUACAAAGGAGCAUGGCUGGAAGCACCCACGGCACCUGGAUUCAAUUCCGGCUUCAAGGACGCCCUUCAAGAGGAGGGGGUCCUGUUCGUCAGCUGCGGACAUGACCACGCCAAUGACUACUGCAUGCUCGAGAAGGAUUCCAAUGAGAAGCCUUCUCUGUGGAUGUGUUAUGGUGGUGGGGCGGGCCUAGGUGGUUAUGGCGGUUACAACGAAUAUGUUCGACGGGUGCGAUUCUACGACUUCGACAUGGGGCCCGGUCGAGUGACCACUUAUAAGCGUCUUGAAUGGGGCAAGACAGAGAUCAAGCUCGACGAGAUGAUGAUUGUAGAUGGUGGCGCUGUCAAAGGGCCGAGCGAGCAAUGA